AUGAAUUUUUAUUCAGAAUUAAAGCACAACAUGAGAUUGGCAAAAGCCGAUCAAGAAUAUAAAAAAAAAUCCAAUGAAACAUUAACAAAAGCCCUAGAAGAAAAUAAAUUUGCUUGUGUUUGUCUCAAGGCUGAAAAAUUCGAUCUAGCCCUAAAACACUUUGAGAGUUCCUAUCACACCAUUCAAGAACAACUCGAAAUCUAAAGCACAAACAUCCUCAUGAAUCUAGGCAAUUUUUAUGCUUAACAAAAAUAACAUGAAAAAGCAGUCGAAUAUUAUAAGAGAGUUAUCACCUAAUCGCCUUACUAUGACGAAUCCCAGAAAGUCCCCAUCCUUCACUUCUGUUCUAAGAUCAAUUCAUUUGAAGCCUUUGUUGAUGCACACACCAAUCUUGCUUGCCUAUUAACAAACCUAGAUAAACCAGACGAAGCCUACGAAUAUUGCUUAAAGGCAAUUCAAUUAUAACCAAAUAACUACGAAGCUUAAAUCAAUUUUGGCGAUUUGCUUAGACAACUUGGAAGACAAAAGGAAGCCAUUGAUCACACAUGGAAAUAAAUUGUCUCUAUCAGCGAUUAAGGCUAUGAGGAACCUAAGAAAAUAGAUGUGAAAUCAACCCCUAUUGAAGAAAAUGAACUAGUCAAUGUGAUAUGCAUGAAAUGGGGAACCAAAUAUGGACCUGACUAUGUUAACAAGUUGUUUAAUGGGUUUAAGAGACACUGCACUAGAUAAUUUAAUUUUAUUUGCGUCACUGAUGAUCCUAAAGACUUACAAGAGGGAAUAAUGACUAGAGAAUUGAAAAAGGGCUGGACUGGUUGGUGGGGCAAAGCAACUCUGUUUAUGGAUUACUAUGAGUAUCCCCCAGGGAAGUUGUUUUUUAUUGAUCUUGAUAUGAUAAUUACUGGAAAUGUUGAUGAAAUUAUGGGAUAUAAGGGAGCAUUUGGAAUCUUGAAAACAGAUGAGAUUGCAUGUGAAAAAUAAAAUAAAAAUGGAUAUAACAGCAGUAUAGUUAUUUGGAAUAACAGGGAGGUUUUCAAAAGAAUUUUCACGGAAUUAGAUUCCAAUUGGAAGAAUAUAUAAAAAUUCAUUGUGAGAUUCGAUUUCUGGUUAGAGAUGAUUGUGGAAAAUGCAGAUUUUCUACAAGAUAUUUACCCUACACAAAUAUCUGAUUUUGUAUUCGAAUGUAAACAGUAAGUGCCUUAAAAUACAAGAAUUGUUACAUUCCCAAGAAUGCCAAAACCUGAUUCAUAUCCAGCAGAAUGGAUAAAAGAAUAUUGGAUAUGA